AUGGCUGAGGUGGAAGAGAAAUACGCUCGCACCCAGGCUGAUUUGCAAUUAGUUCACUCUCAAAUCGGAUCCAAGAAGAGAGAGAUUAAACUCAUUGAGGCAACUACUGCUCAAUUAAAGGAACAAGUAUCUGAUCCAGAAAGUACGACUGUGUGGAAAGGCAUUGGUAAAAUGUUUGUUGCAACCGAUGCUGGAGUUUACACUAGGUCACUUGAAAAGGAAAAGAAAGACGUAGAAGAGCAGAUUUCUGCUCUUGGAAAAAAGCAGCAAUACCUUGAGAAUACGUUUAAAAAUGUCAAUAAUGCGAUCAGCGAGCUAAUGAGCCGUAGUAAUUAA